CAGAGGACAUGCAGGGAGGUAUUUUCUCUUGGUGGUGCAGCUGAGAGCGAGCGAGAGCGAGCGAGACCUGGAAAUGAAAGUAAAGAGAUCGGGAGGCACAUGGCGGGAGCUGCAGGGGCGGCCGAUCCAGAAGCAGAAUGCUGCCUUCUAUAAUUAAAUAGCAUUUACUAUUAUUAUUACUUCUAGUAAUAAUACAUUAAUAAUAUAACUAGUAAUAUAAUAUCAUUUAUCGAGGAAAGUUUAUACAGAGUGUGGGGGGGGGAACCCGAGGAGAGCCACUAUAAUGGAGAGGCAGAAGAGAAAACAAGAAAUAGAGAAAGGACUUCAGUUCAUUCAGUCCACAUUACCCCUAAGCCAAGAAGAUUAUGAGGCCUUUUUGCAGAAGCUAGUGAGAAACUUGUUUGCAGAGGGCAAUGAUUUGUUCCGAGAGAAGGAUUUCAAGCUUUCCCUGGUACAGUACGUAGAAGGGCUGAACAUAGCAGAUUAUGCUGCCUCUGACGAGGUGACCAUCCCAAAGGAACUCCUCUGCAAGCUCCAUGUCAACCGAGCUGCCUGCUACUUUGCCAUGGGGUUGUAUGAGAAAGCACUGGAAGACUGUGAGAAGGCUUUAAGACUUGACAAGGAGAACAUCAGAGCGCUAUUCCGGAAAGCCCGUUCCUUAAAUGAACUUGGAAGACACAAAGAAGCAUAUGAGUGCAACAGCCGAUGCUUGCUGUCCCUCCCACAUGAUGAAAGCGUCACACAGCUGGGACAAGAGCUUGCCCAGAAGCUGGGACUGAGGGUUCGAAAAGCAUACAAAAGACCUCAGCAGGAAUUGGAAACAUUCUCACUACUCAGUAAUGGCACAUCAAUCAAUUCAUCAAACCAGACUACUUCUAAUGGAUUGGGCUCAAUAGAUGACAUCGAAACAGACUGCUCUAUGGACCUGCAGUGCCUCCCAAGUCCUGUGGCCAUCCCUGUGAAUGAAGGGCUGGCCCCUCUGCCCUCUAACUCAGAUGCAAAGGGCUUGCCCACCUCAUUUCCUGCUGCCAGCUUGCUCCCAUCUCCAGACUGUGUUCCCUUGCCAGUUUCUGAGAACGUGGAAGACUUCACAGAUGGCGACAUCAUUGGGGAAGAGCUAGACUCCCUGUUGGAUUCCCUUGCUGAAGGGUCACCAUACCCUCUGACUCUGGUCCAGGGCACCAUUCCUACCAACCUGCCAACAGAGAUGCCCCAGUUGAUUCCUGUGUUUCCGGGGGGAACUCCACUGCUGCCUCCAGUUGUGACAGCCAACAUCCCUGUCUCCACCCCUCUGCCACCUGCCUCCUUUGGCCUGGUAAUGGAUCCCACCAAGCAGCACUCCUCCUCCUCUGUCCUGGAUGCCUUUGAGGCCCCACCAGGAGGAAGUGGCAGCUCCACUUUAGAUUCGCUGGAUUCCCUGGAUCUGCUUCCAUACACAGAUACACAGCUUGAUGCCCUGGACUCCUUUGGGACAAGCAAGGGGUCUCUGGAUACCUUGGAUUCCUUUGCCAUUGAAGAAACUACCUCUCAGGAACUGCGACACCCACCUAGCAGCCAAAAACCAGCCCCAGUGGUGAGUGAGCUACUGCCCCGUGCUGAUGUCCCACGGUGCUCUGGAGCCAAGGUAGUCAGCCUUGGUGGAGUGAGUCACCCAGCUGUGCCCAAGGCCACUGAGCGCCUGCUGUCCCAGCCAGAACCAGUAAUGCCCAACACAGCUCUGCUGGUAAAGAACCCCCUGGCAUCUACUCACAUUUUCAAACAAGCCUGUCAUAUCUGCUACCCCAAAACAGGACCCAAGGCUGGCGAUUACACCUAUCGGGAAGGCUUGGAGCAUAAGUGCAAGCGGGACAUCCUGCUGGGCAGGCUGAAGAACUCAGAAGACAAGACCUGGAAGAGGAUCCGUCCUCGCCCAACCAAGACCAACUUUGUAGGAUCCUAUUAUCUGUGCAAAGAUAUGCUUAACAAGCAGGACUGUAAGUACGGGGAUAACUGCACCUUCGCGUACCACCAGGAAGAGAUCGAUGUGUGGACAGAGGAGAGGAAGGGGACCCUCAACCGUGACCUCCUCUUUGACCCACUAGGUGGGAUCAAGCAGAGCAGCCUCACAAUUGCCAAACUCCUCAAGGAACAUCAGGGCAUCUUCACCUUCCUCUGUGAGAUUUGCUUUGACAGCAAACCCCGGAUUAUCAGCAAAGGGACCAAGGACACACCGUCUGUCUGCUCCAACCUUUCUGCAAAACACAGUUUCCAUGACAACAAGUGUCUGGUCCACAUUGUGCGUUCCACCUCCCUGAAAUAUUCCAAGAUCCGUCAGUUCCAGGAGCACUUUCAGUUUGAUGUGUGCCGACAUGAGGUGCGUUACGGCUGCCUGCGUGAGGACAGCUGCCACUUUGCUCACAGUUUCAUUGAGCUCAAGGUCUGGCUGCUGCAGCAGUAUUCAGGAAUGACCCACGAAGAUAUAGUGCAGGAGUCUAAGAAGUACUGGCAGCAGAUGGAGGCGCAUGCCAGCAAACCAGCCAACAGUGUGGCUUCUCCCCGGACUCCCACGUCAAGCACCUUUGACCUCCAGAUGAAAUUUGUGUGUGGCCAGUGCUGGAGGAAUGGGCAGCUGGUGGAGCCAGAUAAAGACCUCAAGUACUGUAGUGCCAAAGCCCCCCACUGUUGGACUAAGGAACGCCGUGUCCUGCUGGUGAUGUCCAAAGCUAAGAAGAAGUGGGUGUCAGUCCGACCACUGCCUUCCAUCCGUAACUUCCCACAGCAGUAUGAUUUGUGUAUCCAUGCACAGAAUGGCAGGAAAUGCCAGUAUGUGGGCAAUUGCUCCUUUGCCCACAGCCCUGAGGAGAGAGACAUGUGGACCUUCAUGAAGGAAAAUAAAAUACUAGAUAUGCAGCAGACCUAUGACAUGUGGCUAAAGAAACACAAUCCUGGGAAGCCUGGAGAGGGAACACCACUCACCUCGCGAGAAGGGGAGAAACAGAUCCAGAUGCCCACUGACUAUGCAGACAUCAUGAUGGGCUACCACUGCUGGCUCUGUGGGAAAAACAGCAACAGCAAGAAGCAAUGGCAGCAGCACAUCCAGUCGGAGAAGCACAAGGAGAAGGUCUUCACCUCAGACAGUGACUCCAGCUGCUGGAACUACCGCUUCCCCAUGGGCGAAUUCCAGCUCUGCGAGAGGUUCCAGAAGAACAAGGCCUGUCCUGAGGGAGAGGAAUGUCGCUAUGCCCAUGGGCAGGACGAGCUGACGGAAUGGCUAGACCGGAGGGAAGUGCUGAAACAGAAACUGGCCAAAGCUCGCAAGGACAUGCUGCUCUGCCCCAGGGAUGACGACUUCGGGAAAUACAACUUCCUGUUGCGGGACAACGUAUAGUAUGAGCUUGGGGAGUCUGUCAGCUGCAGAAAUACAGGAUGGGUUUUCUGAGUGGCAGUAGCAGGGAGAGUAAGAUCUGUGUCUCGCAAAGAGAACUUUUCUUUUGUUUUAAGAUUAUGAGACAAUGAUAUAUUAGUGGUGAAUAAAUUUGUGAAAUUGAUUCUUGUUGGCCAGCAAAGCCAUGCUCACUGAAUUUGUGAUCCAUCUUUUCUCUCUUCUUUCCCCCAAAUUCUCCUUCCACUUCAUCUUUUUGUUUUCACUGUCCUUCAUUCAAAGGAAUUAGUUCAAUCUGUAUUGGGCCACAAAUUAGAGAAUUUCUCCUUGUGUCAUACCUCUGUCUUUCAAUUCAGAGUAUGACUGCAGAGGUCUGGAGGACAAAGCUGAGAGAGAGGAACAGAAAAGUCAUGGAUGCCCCGUACCUGGAACUGUUCAAGGCCAGGUUGGAUAGAGCUCUGAGCGAUGUGGUCUAGUGGAAGGUGUCCUCAAUGACAGGGGGAUUGAAACUAGAUGAUCUUAAGAUCCCUUCCAGCCCAGAUUGUUCUAUGAUUUUAUGAAAUCUGGUGAAAAGGUCAUAAUGAAUUUCAUAUGUUCCUUUUCUCAGUGCUGCAGAGUAAGCCCCACUUACUCUGCUGCAGCCCUCCUGCUCUUCUGGGAGUUUGGUACCAGAAGAAAUAGGAAUUGUGGUGCAAAGAAGGAAAACCACUAGAUUUGGCUUAAAACAUCUAGAUUUAUGCUCCUGUCUAUAUUGCCCUGAGGCCCUCAUGCUGAGGAGGAUAACAGCUCUGUGGUAUAAGGAGUGCAGGGUAAAAGCGGCAAUGUAAUGAAACUUGAGCACGUCCAGAGGAGGCAACGAGGCUGGUGAGAGGCCUGGAACACAAGCCCUAUGAGGAACGACUGAGGGAGCUGGGGUUGUUCAGCCUGGAGAAAAGGAGACUAAGAGGUGACCUUAACAUUCUCUACAACUUCCUGGGAGGUGGUUGUAGUCAGGUGGGGCUUGGUCUUUCUCCAAGCAGCAGCUGACAGAAGAAGAGGACACAGUCUUAAGCUGCACCAAGGGAAAUAUAGGUUGGAUAUUAGGAAAAAGUUUUUUACGGAAAGAGUGAUAAAGUACUGAAAUGGUCUGCCCAGGAAGGUGGAGGAGUCACCAUCCCUGAAUGUGUUUAAAAAAAGACUGGAUGUGGCACUUGGUGCCAUGGCUUAAUUGAGGUGUUAUGGAGGUGCAUGGGUUGGACUGGAUGAUCUUGAAGGUCUCUUCCAACCUAAUCAUUCUGUGAUUCUGUGAAAUGGCUUGCAGCAGGAACUGAGUUGUAGGUGACUUCAAACUUCAGCUGACAGUACUCAGAAAGCAAGUUGGUGUCUUCUCAUUAGAUGUGUGUGUGGCAGGUAUUCAGGGCAGAUAGUUUGGGGUGGGGUUUUUUUUGGCUGGUGUGACUGGUGCAAGUAAAACAGAAGCCAUCUAGGAGGUGUAGUGGAGUCUGUGAGACACUGUGUGUCACUGAAGUCCACACAGCAGUAUCAGGAGGGAGGGGGUCACCAAAAGGGGCCUGUGUUUCUGUGUUGCCUUGGGUCCUGAAGGGAGGGAGGGAGGGAGGUAAUGGUGUUCCUUUCUUGCUCUUUAAAUGGCAUGUGUUUCUGGUUACUUAGAGCUGCAUUUUUUCCCUGCACUGCCACAAGAACUGGGUGGAGACCCAUUUAAAAGGACACCAUUGCGCAGCAUGGCCAAUGUUUAGCUAAUGGGAAUCCAGCUGGAAGCACUUACCAGGACCAGAGAUCCAGCCUCCUCCUCAGAGCCAGGGCAGGGAGACUGCAGAUGCACGGUGCAACUAGGAUGCAACUGAGAGCAGGGACAGUGGUGGAGAGUGAGUGGCACAGUAGGACCAAGCCAUGGCCUGCUCCUGUGCUGCCUGAUGUGUGCUGCCUGAUGUGUGCUUUGAUGAGGUAACCAGUAAUGCUGAACUAUGGGACAGGAGUUUUGCUUUUAUAAGUGGCAGCAGUGAAAAGCAUUACUGCUCUGAAUGCCAGCCUUGUCCUUUCUGUCAGUCUCAUCCUGCAACCAGUAAACGUCUCCCCUGUCCUAAGCUUCCCUCUCCUCCUCUCUUCAGCAGUGCUCUGCAGUUUUGCAUGCAUGGAUGGACCAUCCAUUCAAACACAAACACAUCUCCCUCUCAGCCUUUGUCAGGGAUGUCUUUUUCAUACAGCGUCUCCUAGGACAGCAAUUUUAGAGCCCUUGGGUCUGGUAGGGCUGUGUCCAUGGUAAAUACAAUCUGGCCAUGAACUGCUUGGUGCUUUGGCAUUGCUGUGUCUUCCCAUUCCUCUCUGCUCCCAUAUCCUUGGGGUUCAGAGCUUCAGGAGAGAUGGUAUGUGAAAAUCGGGAGAUGUGGAGAUGGUGUGGGGCAGCUGUCACCUUUCUAAACCAGACUUCAGGAGGGUGCUUCAGCUCCACGGGGAUAGUUAGGGUCCAGUUAUGGAGCAGAGAGUGUUCUGCAUUCUGGUCUGGUAUCUUUCCAGAGACAUGGUGUGUUCUAAGUAAACUGAAUGUGCCUCUGAACAUCUCAUUAAGUUGAAAAAGACCUCAGAGAUCAUCAAGUCCAAUUGUUAACCUGGCACUGCCAAGUCCCAGACUAAACCAUGUCUCAUGUCGAAGUGCCACAUCUACAUGUAUUUUUAAAUACUUCUGGAGAUGGCGACUCAAUCUCUUUCCUGGGCAACUUAACCACUUUUCUGCUGAGCUAUUUUUCCUCUCCCUUAAAAUAUGGACGGUAGUCUCUGGUUUGCUAUGAUCAAUAUCAGACAUGGCAGUUUUUGAGUGGUCAGGUGCUGUAUUUUCUCCUCUGUUUUUUGUGGUAGCUAUGCGUGGUGGUUUCACGUUUGCCAAAUUCUGGUUGCCAAAUUUAGUGUGGUGGUCUUAGUGUUUAUUCUCUUUUUGUGGGAGAAAGAUUACGAGCAAAACAAAGCAGGCUCAAGCUUAAAAAUAAAAAAAUAGUUUUAUUAACACAUACUAAAAGAAUGGAGAAAGAAAGUUGGGGAAAAACUAAAACAAAACAGAAUGAAACUCCAAAAACACUCUUCCCUCCCCUUACAAACUGUUAACUUUCCUACAAAACAACAUAAAGAGACAAAACUUGUAAUUUUCAGUCAGUUUCACCAUUUGAAAAUAAUCUUUCAUCAAUUCUUUAGGAGAAGAGUUUCUCUUAAGAGUCAUGGAUUCCACUGACAACUGAGAACAGUUCUCUUGUGGGUUUAACUGUCACAAAAACAAUCUCCUGGGGAAACCUACCUUUGUGACCCCUCCCAUUAGCAGGUUCCCAAGCUGCUUAUGGGUCAUGGGUCUUAGACUUUUGCAUACUGGGGUAUCACCUUUUAAAGACGGGUAACUCCAAAGGCAAGGGAUUCUUCAUCUCAAGAGAUACCUUCUCACUUCUUCACCGGCGCAGAGGGCUUCUCAUCCCUAUCUCUGUUCAAGUAUCUUACAGGAUUAAUAUCACUUAGUCCAUCACAAACACCUUUGCUCAAAUCCACACACAAAUCUAAACAAUCAUAUCUUUCCCACGAUUUAAAGGGAUAAUCUAAAUAUAAAGUUCAUUUCCAUGGCUUGAUAAGGAUGGAAUGACAAACUUCUCAACCUCCUGUCCCAAUAGUCUUUUCACUCUCACUCCAGGAAAGGGUUAAAUCUGCCCAGAGUCUUUUUCUCUCUUGCUGCAGCUCAUGGUGUUAGAUUUUCAAGGCGGCGGGGAGGGGCACAGGGGAAUUCACGCCGAGAGAUCAGAGGACCGAUCAGAGGACCCGGGCAGUCCGGAAUCAAAAAAGCAGGCAGGAUCAGAAAUGCCCCCCUCAGUGUAAAUCGGGGCGGGCCCCGGCCCAGCCAGGCCCGUAGCUGGUAUCGGCCCGGCCGGCAGAGCCUGCCCGGCCCCGUGCUGGCAGCAGACAGAGCCCCGGAGCACAGCCCGGCCAGGGCCGCUCCUCUGCGCCCGGCUCAGCCCAGCACCGGCCAGGGCGGCGCGGCCCGGCCGAGCCCCGGCUGCCGCACGAUGGUACCUCUCUCUCUGGCCAAAGGGAAAAGGGCUGACCUCCAGGAAAUCAGGGGCUUUUAUACGGGUACUGCCCAAAGUCACAAUUGACAUUCUCACUGGUCAAAACAGAUGCCAAUAUCCCAACUAACCUUAUGAUAGGUCCCUGUCCUUUCUAAAGCAAUUCCCGUCCUGACCAGGAAAUACAUUCUACAUUUCUCCAUAACUAAAAACUAAACUGUGCCAACCCAUGAUACUGUGGUACCUUCUUCUAGCCAUCCUUGUGCUCAAGUGGUCAGAGACAGGAGGAGACAAGCAUCAGCUUCUGAGUUAUCUUUUCUGCUCUUCUUGGGCAGAGACACCAAGGAAGGAAAUAUGGACUGAGGGAUACUGGAAUGUGUUUUUUUUAUUUUUAAAAUGAACCUGCAUCUCUAAUGUGACUAGCGUUUGCUGAGCCGUGAUUUCUCAUGCAAUGACUUGUUUAGGUUAUGGAGUGGGUCGCUGUCCCCUCUCCCCCUCUCUUCAGUGAGAGUUGAGCUGCUCAGUGGCGCUUCAUGACAUUUGGGCUAGAGCUGAGAUGGGAAAAGGGUGAGAGUAAGGUGAGGUGAGGUAGGCCCAUGGUCACAGGGGUUGCAUCAAGUGUUUCUUUGUUUUCCCUGAUAUGACAACGUGGUCUGUGGUGUUGCAGUACUUCGUCAUCAGACUUGUUUUAGUGUGUAUAUAUGUGACCCCUUCCAUGAAGCAUAUAUACACAGGUAUUAAAUAUAUCGCUCUAUAUAAUAUUAUAUGUGUGUGGUAUCAAAGGAAUCUUUUAAAUGAGGGUAAAGGAAAAGGACUCGGGCCAGGAAAUGCAGCAUCUCCAGUUUAAAUAUGAAGCCUUUUAUCUGGGAUAGGGAGAGGGAAAUAACAAAAAAGGGGAGGGUUUUAUAUAGAUAGGUAUAAACUUUGAGAUGGGACAGGAUUCCCUGUUCACAUUUUUGAAACCCUUUAGGAUGUCCUUGCAGUCCCAUCUCAGUCAGAGAGUAUUAUACUGCUAACUAGUGAUUACAGUUUUAAUAUAAGGCUUUGCUUAUAGUAUUUAAAGGGACAUUGUGAAAGGCAGGAAGUUUCACAUGACUUAUCAGGCAUGCUUUAUCAAGCCAGGAGGGUUUUCUUCAGCCCAUUAUGUGCUCUCAGCAGAAAUGAUCAGUGCUUGCAGCUUUACAGCAGAUAAACCACAAGUUAUAGGGGCUGCUUUAGUGGUAUGUUCACAACACCCUGUGAUAAUUCUCUCUUCUUUAUUUGUGUGAGAGAAGAAGAAAAUUCUGCAGCACAGAACCAAAUUUGAGGGUUAUAAGCAAAGAAAGAGAUGUUUUGAUUUUAUAAUAUUAGAAGAAAAUCUCGUAUCUUGUAAAAUAACCACAGACAUUCACACAGAACAGAAACUUAUUAAAUGCUGAAGGACUUAGUGAAAAUCUUUUCCCAAAUUCUUUGGUAGAGGCAGGAAUUUAGGCGACACUGGCAUUGGAGUUAACCUGGCCUUUACAGGGAACAGUAAAAACAAACAAACAAACAAACAACCCCCAAAUACCCUACUUAGCUUGUAUGAAACUGUAUGUCAAAAAUGGAUGGGUUUUAGCAAGUGAAAGGAAAAGAUAGCAAGGGGAUGCUGCAGUUCUGAGCUGGGUAGUAAUGAUUUUGAGUCCUUUAAUAUGUCUUUGUAUUAAUGUAAUUUAAGAAUACCACGCUUUACUAUUAAAAAAGAACUUCAUAUCUUUCAUAAGGUCUAGUAUCAGGAUAAUUAUGUAGAUGUUUUAACAACAUUUUUGGUUUUGUUCUUAAAUAAAGAAAGAAAAACCAAACUUGCUUCUUCUAUCCUUUGUAAUAGAAAAUAAAAGUGUGCACUUUAAACCCUC